UGAUGUGCAGCCACCAAGGAGGAGGAGGAGGAAAAGGAGGAGCAGGAGGUGGAUGGAGGAGGUGGGGAGCGCAGUGCGUGGGAAAAAUAAGGGGGGCGGCAUCCCAGGUCGGUCUCUACACCUUUUUUAUCCUGUACACGGCUGGGGGCGCGCUGGUGUUUCGCGCUCUUGAGCACCCGCACGAGGUAGAGGAACAGGCCAUGGCAGCGCGGGGCCUUAUCGAGGGGCGCAACAGACUGCUGGAGGUGCUGGCCAACACCUCCACGCCCUCUUUGGUGAUGCGCAAGGCAAGGGCGUCGGAGGAGCUGGAGCGGUACGAGGAGAGGCUGGUGGAAGCUGUGGGCGUGGGCGUGUCCGUCACCGCGCCCUCCACGCCCAACUACAGCUGGCAGUUUGCUGAGAGUGUGUUCUUUGCUUCCACCAUUGUGACGACCAUCGGAUACGGUAACCAAGCUCCUGUCACGUUCUGGGGCCGUUUGUUCUGUAUCCUCUUCGGUUUCGUUGGGAUUCCCGUCACUCUUUCCGUUAUAUCAGAGCUUGGGACGUUCUUCGCUAAUCUGGUGUCUCGUGUGUACCUGCGUCUACGUAACUUGGUGAACUGCGGCCGUGCUGAUAAGUGGCUGGCGGCGUGUAAGGGGCUGGGGGAGAAGGGCAGCAAGGGCAUGGCCGUGGUGGGGGCGGUAGGGGCCCUGCUAAUUUAUAUGGGUGUGGGGGGCGCUUUUUUUACCCUGUGGGAGGAGAACUGGUCUUUCUUCGAGGGAUUCUACUUCUGUUUUAUCACCAUGACCACUGUGGGUUUAGGGGACCUCGUGCCUGCUCGCACAGACGUCAUGUUCCUCUGCACUGUUUACAUCCUGGUGGGUCUGGCCAUCACCUCCACCAUCAUUGAACUGUUGAGGCGCCAGUACGCUGAGAGUUGGAGGCAGAUGAAGGAGUUAAGUGGUCGCCUCGGGGAGUUGUCAGGACCUCUCUCAGAUGUCCUUCGGAAGCUGGGGGAUCACGCUGGGGACCUCUCCGUGGAUGUGCGUCUGCCGAAGGACCUCCUGGUCACCACAAGUCACCACGAGUCACCACCGCGUCACUCAGUCACCACCGCGUCACUCAGUCACCACCACGUCAUCACAAGUCAUCACCAAGUCGAGAUGAAAUGACAACAGUUUUUAGAAUAUGAAAUAAUUGGUUCAAACUUCAUAAAGGUCACCACAAGUCGCCACGAGUCACCAUCGCGUCACUCAGUCACCACCGCGUCACUCAGUCACCACUGCGUCACUCAGUCACCACCGCGUCAUCACAAGUCAGCACCAAGUCGAGAUGAAAUGACAACAGUUUUUAGAAUAAGAAAUAAUUGGUUCAAACUUGAUAAAGGUAAGAGAGAGAGAGAGAGAGAGAGAGAGAGAGAGAGAGAGAGAGAGAGAGAGAGAGAGAGAGAGAGAGAGAGAGAGAGAGAGAGAGAGAGAGAGAGAUGGGAAGGAAUUGGUGCUCAAACAGAGCGGUGGAUGACUGGAAUAGGCUGGAAAGGACUGGAAUGGACUCAGUAAUGAGGCUGUUAGUGCUGAGUCUGUAGGGAGGUUUGAAAGAUUGGACAGGUGUAUGGAUGGGGAUGACAGGUGGAAACAGAAAGUCAUGCUUCAUGCUUUAUACACUGCCUCGUGUAUGCCCGAUGGCUUAUUGCACCCACCAUUGUGAUCUUGUGCACCAACCUU